AAUUAUUUGGAAAUAUUAUUCCGGAAUUAUUUGAAGAGUUGGAUAAGGAUCUUAAAGUUAAUAACACCAUCAAUGUACCAGUUAUGACCCAAGCUUUUACCUUAGAUGCGCUCGGCAAAGCUGCGUUUGGGUACAAUUUUGAGACGAUUCGAAAACUUCAGACUCAGCUCAUAAGAUCCUAUAACGCAACGAUGCAUGGAAUAUCGGAUAAGAAAUAUUCUAUGUUCCCGAUACUCGAAAAAAUACCGGGAUUCAAAAGAUCUUAUCUCUUUGAACACAUCAAUUUAAUAGAUAGUGUUAUUCUCGAUAUAAUUGAUAAAAGAAAGAAAAUUCAAGCUUCUGAAAUAGAAAGUCUUUCGGAUUUAGAAAAUUCAGAACGAGAGAAUAAAGAUUUACUUUAUUAUAUGUUAAAAGCUGAAGCUGAUGAGGAGAAUUUAAAGAAGAGGUUGACGACUGAAGAGUUGUUAAAUGAUUUAAAAGUGUUUUUGAUUGCGGGUCACGAUACCACUGCAUCCGCUCUCAGUGCUGCAAUAUAUUAUCUUGGAAAAAAUCCAGAAUGCCAGAAAAAGGCACGUGAAGAGGUCAUCAAGAUUAUUGGAGAUGGGGAACAGGACGUUAUACCUACCCUUGAUCAAAUUAAAGGUCAGCUUGUGAUACCAAAUAUUUACGCAUUACAUAAUUCGAAAAACUUAUGGGGCGAUGAAACCCAUCUAUUCCGGCCGGAAAGAUUCGCUGGCGGCGAAGGGAAUACAUUUCAAUCAUCUUACAAGUUUACUCCAUUUGGCGGGGGUGUCAGGAUUUGUGUUGGCAUGAAUUUUUCGUUGGCUGAACAACGAGUGUUUUUGGCCAUGUUCGGUGAGUUGAUUUCUAUGAAAGAAUAA